AUGGCGGCAACAGUCCCAGCACCCGACCCCCGCCGCCCGGAGCCGAUUCCCCUCCGCGCGCUCACCGUCCUCCUCAAGUACGAGCUCAUGAUCUCCGACCCCCGAUACACCAAGUUCCGACUGGUGAACACGAGUCUCGCGCAGCCGGGGCUCGUGUCGGGGAACCCGCACGUCUUCGCCAACGAUGCUCCCUCCGUGACUCGUCGGAGUCUGCACACCUUCUUGGAACUCGCUGCCGUCCCGUCUCCGGGAAACCCGCACCCCGCAACGACGUGCGAGCUCCACCCAGCCGCGCCGGUGGGAGUGCAGCGUCUGAGUGCGGCGGACCGGGAGCUAAUCUACCAGGAGACGAGGAACCACGAUGCGUGCUACAAAGCCAUCGGCCUGUUCCAGUUCUUCUUGGACCUGUGUCCCCCCGGGCAGCAGCUGAUGUACCAGUCCGGCAACCAGCAACCGAUCCUGCUCAACCCGCAAGCCCGUCGGGUCUUCGUCUACGAGGUCCACCAGCCCCGGCAUCACACCCGAUCAUACCUCCUGAAGAGCAACCCGCGGCCCGGAGAGGGUCCCUUGUCGCCCGUCACGGGCUCGCGAUCGCCCGAGGACCACUGUGUCAUGGCCUUCCUGCGUCCCGGACCCCAGCGGCCGGACCCCAACCACCCACGCUCCUACUACGUGGUCGACAUGACCCGCAUGCAGUACGGCAAAGAGGCGCUGGGCCCCUGGGGCGAGACGUACCUGAUCGGGACCACCCGCAUGUUUGAGGACUCCAUGAAGAGCGUGUGUGGCCACCUGCAACUCGCGCGCAUGGACCAGACUCUCCUCGGCGGGCCCGAUCACGUCAAAGUAAGACUGAAAGCCUGUGCAGCGCGGGCCUUCCAGCGCUGGCAGAAGAGAGAGCACGCCGGCUGGUGUGAGCACUGCGGCAUGGGCGGGCCAAGCUUGUUCAGAUGCACCGGGUGCAGGACCGCGCGGAUCUACUACUGCGGCAAGGAGCACCAGGAGGCAGGCUGGAGGCUUCACAAGCUCCAUUGCCAGAGACAGUGA